UAUCUUAGAUGUAGUAGGGAAUCGUCAUGUCGAUGACGUCACUUCAAAAUGGCAGGUGUUAAAAUUUUCAGAAAAUCUAGGACGGUAUACCGGUUUCUGCAAUAACUCUGCAACAAAGAAAAAGUUAUGGUUCUAUAAAUGUCCCAGAGCAGUGCCAAGCGAUUGAGAAUGGAGAAUUCUAAUGGCGAACAUGAAGCGAGUCCAAGUCCCUCUUUACGGAAGCUUGAGGAAAAUCCAGAACACGGAAUCAAAAUUCUCCAAGGCUUGAACAAAUUGAAAAAUGAUCGUGUCCUUUGUGAUGUUACUUUGAUAGCAGAAGAUCAAAAAUUUGAUGUUCAUAAAGUGAUACUUGUAUCAUGUUCAGACUACUUCCGGUCCAUGUUCACCAGUGGAAUGAAGGAGAGCAAGCAGCAUGAGAUUGAACUAAAGGGGGUUACUGCUAAAGGCCUCGAUAAAGUACUUGAGGUUGUUUAUACAUCAACUACAACACUUGACGGUGAUGAUAUAUUUGAUGUGAUUGCUGCAGCCACACAUUUACAAGUGACGCCUGUCAUAGAAUUCUGCGAGAAAAAUUUCUUGAGUGGAAUGACAACUAGUAACUUUUAUGAUUUUAUCACAACUGCCAAACUUUAUAACAUGAACAAUGCAAUUAAACAAAUUGACUCAUUUAUUGCCCAGAACCUUCUACAAAUUGCAAGUCAAGGCACAUUGCAUCUGAUCACUAUAGAACAAUUAGAGAGCUGUAUGAACUCUGAAACUCUAAGUCUACGUGAAAUAGACAUAUUCCAAAUAGCAUGGGAGUGGCUCCAGCAGGAUCCUAGCCAUGUACAGUAUGCUACAGCAUUGAUGCACUCAAUACGUUUUGAAUUGAUUGACCCCGCCGAUCUUGUAAUGAGAGUGCAGAAUGUCGAGGGUAUGAUGAAUAAUCCUGAUUUACGAGGCUUAGUACUUUCUGCACUGAAUUACCAUGUUAUGCCCCACAUGCAACCUAUAGCUAAUAACCAGGGUAUUAACUUGCGUGCUUACGUGGAGCGUUUAGUCAGCAUUGGAGGCAGGGAGAUUCACCCACACCCUGGCUUGCAUGAUGAAAUUGUAGUAUUUGACUCUGAAAUCACUGCACAUAGUCUACUAAAUAAACGAGACAUCACAACAUUGCCAAAUGCCAUGAGUCAUAUGCAGGUGGUCGUAUUCAACAACUUUCUGUAUGUUCUUGGAGGCUGUACAACCCAAUGUGCCCACGGGGAAUCUGCCGUUAACUCAGCUUUAAGAUAUGAUCCUCGGUUCAAUUCCUGGCUACAAUGUGCUCCAAUGAGUAGCAAACGAGCAUACUUUUUUGCUGGUGUAUUGAACAAUAAAGUGUAUGCCAUAGGAGGUAAAUACAAAGAAGGUGCUCUAGCAACUGCAGAGAGUUACAGUCCGGCAACCAAUAGCUGGGAGAUGGUGCCAUCUAUGCCCAGUGCCUACCAUGCACAUGCUGGCUCAGUCUACAACAAUUAUAUCUACAUAUCAGGGGGCUACAGUAGCAACCAUUUCACUCCUGAUAUGCAGCGCUACUGUCCUGGGAACGAACAAUGGGAGGAUAUGUCAAGUAUGUUAACUCCCAGGGGGUGGCACGUCAUGUGUGUCGCAAAGGAUAAACUGUUUGUGUUCGGUGGAUGUAAUCUAAAUGCCAACCAACAAGCCAACCCUGUGAUGCAAUCUGAACUCUAUGACCCAGCCACGGAUCAAUGGACAGUCAUUGCUCCUUUAUCUCUAUCCCAUAAAGAGGCUUCUUGUGUUGUUUACGGGGACCAUAUUUAUGUACUUGGAGGUUACAAUGUACAAACCAAAACAGGGCAGAAGAUGGUGUCUCGCUAUGACAUCUUUACUCAAACAUGGGAAACUGUAGGUGCUUUAUCCCAAAGUAUGACAGGGGUGGGUUAUUGUACACUCAAGGUCCCCAUGUAUCAUCCCUCCAUAGGUGAUAGAUAGCACAAUAUACAUAUAGUCAAUAUCAAUAACCAAUGUUCAAGUUUUCACCUAAGAAUAUGGGGAAUCCUUUGAUUCCAAAAUAAGAUGGAAAUCAAAUGCCACAUUAUAUUUUUUUGCUAUACUCCCACUUUGGAUAUUUUCAAGGAGGAUUGGCAGCCAUGAUUCAAACUUGAUCCUUCAUUAGCUGGCAUGGGUCAAUUUAGUAAUAAUAUUACCCAUAGUGUUGAAGACUAGCACUGCCAUGGGAGUUUGAAUUAUACCAUAAUACUCGUACACUAGGUAAUGUUAAUCUCCCUACUAAAUACUCAGUCUAAAUAUUGAAACAUUAUAACCAAAUUGUUCCAUGCCAGGCAAUGG